AUGAUAAGCACAGUUGUGGAUUUGAUAGAAUUUAUGUAUCCCACAGAUAAUUUGAAGAACCUCUAUCUGACAAGGAUACCGCUUGAAUACACAGAUGAUGAGCUGACAGCAAAACUUGAAGAAAUAUUUUCCAAAUAUGGACUCCUGUUUGAAAUCCAAGUGUUUAACAAAUCAGGCACAGAAAGAGACAAUGACAGUACCACAGUGGGCGAGUCAGCUGCACAAAUACAGCAGUAUACUGGUGGUUUUGCCUUUAUCAAGUAUUACUCUGCUGUGGAUGCUGCCAGGGCUAAAAGUGACCUCAAUAACAAACUGAUUCUUAAUGGGAAGCUAAUAAGGAUCCAGUUUGCAAGAAGAAAAAAUCACUUUCCAAAAAGCAGAGCUUUGCCAGUGAACAAAUGCUAUGAUUUAGCCAACUACUACCUUGGUUUCAAUGGAUGGAACACUGAGAUUAUUUCUAUGAACCUCGACACCAGCACUGGGACCACAGCAUGUUGUACAUGUGGAGUCAAAGUUUCAGUCCCAGCUCAGGGAGUCAGUACUACAGGGUAUGGAGAGUGGAAGGAAACAUUUAGAGUGAAAAUCACUGGUUGCCUUUUCCAUUAUGACACUGACACAAAGAUGAGAAACUUAAAAUUCAGAAGCCAGUGUAUACAUCCUGAUUUUGAUAACUACAUAUACAUGUCACUAUUUCCAGACCCAGGGCAGAAACUGACAGCAGUUUGCAAAGCAAAGAAGUUUUCCUACAAGAUUGCCCUAGAGGACGCUUUCAGUCACCUGAUCAUUGUGUCCGUCAGUGGGAAAAUAUCUGUUGAGAUAAAUACAUCUACGCCAUGUAAUGUACUGGAAAAAACAGAUGGAGUUAUACAGAUAAAUGAACUGGAGGAACCACCUGUUGAAGAUGAAGACAGCUUUGAUAGUUAUUACCUCCUAGAUGACUCUGAAGAUCAAGACAAAAUCAAUGAACAAAUUCUCCUUGCUUUAGAAGCUGACUGAAAGUUAUUUUACAGCAAAAAUAUCCAUUAUCAGAGGGUGGUAUCACAAAAAAAA